AUAUAUGAUACAAUCUCUCCCUCCUUACUCGUGACUGUCCAAAAGUUUGAAUCGCUCUGUUUUGUGCCAUUAAGAAUUUGAAAAACAAUGGCGGAGAACGACAACCCUACCUCACCGGAAGCCACCAUCGAUCUCCAGCGGAUAUCGCUCCGGCUGUUCGAGCCCUUCGACAUAGACGACUUCAUGGUGUGGGCUUCAAACGAAGACGUAUGUCGCUUCUGCAGUUGGGAGCCGGGAUUCAGCAGAGAGGAAGGGUUGGAUUUACUGAGACGGAGGAUAUUUUUCUCGCGGUGGAUCAGAUCGAUUUGCCUCGACAGAAAGUCGAUUGGAGAGAUCUCCGUGACCGGCGUAGGCGGCGACGGGCGGAGGGCAGAAAUUGGGUAUGUGGUGGGGUCGAAUUAUUGGGGGAAAGGGAUCGCGACGUACGCCGUGAGGCUAGCGGCGACGGCCAUAUUCUGGGAGUGGCCGCAGCUGGAGAGGGUGGAGGGUUUGGUGGAUGUGGAGAAUGUGGGGUCAUAGAGGGUUCUUGAGAAAGUAGGGUUUAUGAAGGAAGGAAUUUUUAGGAAGUAUUAUUUUUUCAAAGGUCAAACUAGAGAUGUGGUUAUGUACAGUCUUCUUCUGUCUGAUCUUUCUUAGAUCACCAUGUUGAUUAGGAUAUAAUCUAGUUCAUAAUCAUGUAUUAGAUAUAUGUAAUUGAUGACAUGGAUAUGUGUUAAACAUAUAUCUUGUUUUGGUUAA